AUGUCUUGGAGACCCCUCAGCGUCGGCGUCGUCGGCGGUGGCAUCGGCGGUAUGUCCGUCGCCAUCGCCCUCCGCCGCGCCGGCCACGAGGUGACCAUCUACGAGAGAUCCGACUACGCAGGCGAGGUGGGCGCCUCGGUCUCCUGCGCCGCCAACGGGACGCGGUGGCUCCACGAGUGGAACGUGGACGUGGCCAAGGGCGACCCGGUCGUGCUGAAGAAGCUGAUCAACCGCGACUGGAAGACUGGCGAGCCUGUCAGCGUCUACGACCUGGCGGACUACGAGGAGAGGUGGGGGUACGUGUAUAACAUGUUCCACCGGCAGUACAUGCACUCGAUGCUCAAGGACUCUGCCAUGGGAGAGGGAGAUGGCCAGCCUGCGAAGCUGUUGGUGAACCACAAGUGUCACGAUAUCGAUCUGUCAACCAACAUUAUUACCUUUGACAACGGAGUUACUGCAAGGCACGACCUCAUCGUCGGGGCUGAUGGUAUCGGGUCGGCUGUCCGAAGAAUCAUCGGUGUUCACCCAGCAAAGAGGCCCGCCGAGCAGAGCUGCCUUCACUGCAACGUCAGGACCGAAGACGCGGUCAAGGCUGGUCUGGUUGACUACUCCGAGGACGCUGCUUUGGAGUACUGGGGCGGCCAGGAGGGCAAGUGGGAUAAGAUCGUCCUCUCCCCCUGCAACGGCGGCAAGCUCCUCUCCUACUACUGCUUCUUCCCCCGAGAUCAGGGAGACUACUCGAACCAGGCGUGGGGCACCGAGGACCGUCCUCUGGAGGAGCUCCUGAACCCUUACCCGCAGCUCGACAGGCAGGUCUUCAAGCACCUGGAGAUCGGGACGGAGAUCCAGCCAUGGCGUCUCUGGAUCCACGACCCUUAUCCUUAUAUUCACAAGGACAAGGUCUGCCUGCUGGGAGACGCCGGGCACCCGAUGAUGCCCCACCAGAGCCAGGGCGCCUGCAUGGCGAUCGAGGACGCCGCGGCCCUCGGGAUCCUGUUCAACAAGAAGUACUUCAACGGCGACGUGGCUGAGGCCUUGGCCGUGUACGACCAGGUUCGCCUGCCUCGGGCCACUCGCGUCCAGGCCGCCGCCGCCAAGGCUGCCUACAACAUCAACGAGAGAAUCGGUUUUUCCUUCAACAAGGACUGUCCCACAUACCAGGUUGAGGACCAGAAGAAGGUGUUGACGAUUGAAGAGAUGAACGCAUAUGAUAUGUACAGAGAUAUUGAGGAGAAGCUGGCUAAGGUGAGGGGCCAGAAGUUCAUGGCCAAGUUUGUCUGUGGCCUCCCCAUUGGGUUGGAGCUUCCCAACGGUGUCACUAUUGGAGCAUAG